UAAACAACACACUCUAAAAUAAAACUAUGUAAUCUACAUAAAAAAAACUUGUUUAGAUAUUUUCUCAAAGCUUUCUGUUGCAAACAAGGAAGACAAAUCCUUUUUCAGCUGUGCUGUUUUUACCACAGGAAAUAGACAGUAAUAGUAGUGAAAACUCAAACGCUGCUGUGCAGUGUUUUAUACUGUGGGGAAGAGUUCAAAGCAAGAUGAAGUUUCUCUUUAAUUCUCUUUUGCUGGUCACUUGGCUUACAUUUCAGAUGUGUCAAGAUACCGAGGAUGAAUAUGACAGUAAUUAUGGAUUUAAUAUAUUUAUGGAUUUUGCUGAUGAUUCGGAUUAUCCGAAUGACCCUGUGGAAGAAGUCCUGGUGUCGCCGAACAUUACAAUGUACCAGCAGGUGGAGGACAGAGGACAUUUUAUAGUGAUGUGUACAAAUAAACUGUGGAGCCAUAGUGGGUGGAGCUCUUCUAAACUCUCCAUAGAGAGUGAUAAUAACUACACCCUGGAAAGAGUGAUUCACUUUCAACAUGAUGUGAACUAUUAUAAGAUCACAGUGAGUCCACCUGUUUCAUUCACCUGUGUGCAAAAGGCUCGUUUCAGAGGGAACAUCACAAAACUGCACAGUGAAACUUACAUUUUCAAUCAGUCUGGCUACCCGACCAUUCGGGUUAAUAAGAUCUCAGUUUCAGAUCAUCGUGAGGAAGGAGUGUCUUCAUCCUACGUUGGCUUUGUCUCUUUUAUUGCUGUUGGUCUCAUCAUCAUGACUGUGGUUGUGAUAGUGACCACCUUUAAGAGCAACUCUAAAGCCAGGUCCAUCCCAUCUCCUUCUACAGCAGUAAGAGCCAACAGAAUAACUCUAAAAUGUUUUUACAACACAGAACCCACCACUGGAGCAACCAGCAAUGACUAUGAGGAUGCCUAAAUCUUGAAGCUUUCUGAAGAAGAACAGAGAGAAAUAGAGAAAAGAUAAACACAGCCAGCUGAUCAGUAUUUGAAAAAAAAUCUAUUAAAAUAAUUAUUACAGAGUUUACUUUAAUUAAUUGUUACACACAGGUGUUUUACCAAAUAUUUUCCUAAUUUCUUAAUUGUUUAACAACUUGUUCUUUUUAACCCUUACUUGAAAAAGAAACAUAUCUAGAAUUUUAUUUUUGUUGUUUCACACUUAAAAAUGAAAUCAAAUAAAUGUUUGUCUUUCUCAUUUGUUAAAUGAAUACAUGCAUAUGCUUUUCGGCUGUUUCCUUCAUCUGCAGAUUUGAAUAAUGAUUAUUUACAGUAGGUCACAGUACUGUAGUUGUGGUUUUGUGUUAAGGUUUUUGUUUUAUUUAGACAAAUACGUAGAUGUUUUGAGUCACAGGUUUAAAUACCCUUUUUUCUAGCUGUUGUGGCAUCUGACUAUAAAAGUUUCAUGCUUUUAAUUUUGUUACAUAAUACUUGUUUCAAGGAAGUCCUUAUUACGUUUAUUUUUAUUAGAGAAUAAGAAUUGUAGAAACCAAGUUAACAAGUAUGGUUUUGUUAUAAUCAAUAAAGUACGAUUACAUUUUC